CGGCGAGCUUCGAUUGUGCUGAGGAGCGAAAGGUACUUAAACGAAAACUAACAAGAAGUCUUCGCAACGACCAUGAACAGUGGUGGGCGACAAAAGCGAAAGAGAUGGAAAAGGCAUCGGCAAUUGGUAAUAUCAGACAACUAUUUAGACUUAUCAGGAAACGCAGGUGGGAAAUGGCAAACGAUAAGUGAAACAAUUUCUGAGAAGAAUGGUACCAUAAUUAGCUUCCAGGAUAGACGACUAGGACGUUGGAAAGAACACUUUGAGGAGUAUUUUAAGUGGCCUUCAGCCACGCUCAACUUACUGAAAAUUCAACACGUCUCUGAAUGGGAUAUAGACACAGGUCUACCGUCCCCGAAUGAGGUCACUUAGGCUAUCACUAGUCUGAAAUGAGGCAAAGUAGCAGGACCUGAUGGAAUAACUCUAGAGGU